UUUCGAUGGGUAUCAUAAGGGAAGGGUGCCAAACAAACCAUAACACUAUUCUUCAAAGAUAUCGUCGAUUCAUCAUCCAGUAGCCUCUUGCGAUAUUCAGACUCGAGGUAUACUACUACCACUUGAAUCCUGGAUAUCAUCGUCAACGUCCUUCAGCGCCUUCAUUAUCAUACUAUUUACCUCACCUCGUUCUUCGCGUUAGCAAACGAUAUGCGGGCAGUCGAGGGGAUGUCAUCCAAUUUCUUCCCGGUUGUGGACAUCAUUGGGGAGCUGGAAAAUAUCCUCGCACGCUCACGAGUGAUCAUUCCAGACCUUGAAACCCCACACUCCAGAUUCCCCAAUACCGAUCAAUCUGGCGUGUUCGAAAAUCAGAGUAUCAGCGCCAUCCUCACCGAACGGCAGCUGCAGUUGGACGCAGUUUCGCAUGAGAUUUCAGGCCUGGAGACCAUCAUGGAUGGUAUAAAAAAUCUUCACCAGCAGCUCGUCGAAAAGAAGGAAAAGAUAAUGGAGUCCAUGAAUUUGCACAAGGGACUCGUAUCGUGUCUUUGGCGCUUACCGACUGAAGUCCUAUCCCAAAUUUUUGGACACUGUCUUCCGGGAGAAAACAAUUCCGCACUGUCCCCGUCAAGGCGAGAAGCACCCAUGCUGUUGACCGGAGUAUGUCGACGAUGGAGGGAGGUUGCUGUGGAUGUGCCCAGUUUAUGGUGCAGGUUGCAUUUGAAAGUCCACAAGAUUGACCGGCAGCUGGAAACUUUAUGCUACGACUCAUGGCUCAAGCGAUCACGAGGACGUCCGCUCUCGCUAGGACUCUGUUGCUCGGAAAAUGACUCGACCAAGCUACGAAACUUUCUUCAGCCUUACAUCAAUCGACUCUCGACUCUCUCUAUCUUUUUCAACCAAGGCGCCAACAAACCAGAAAUUUUGUUAACAAACCUCCCAGCACUUCAGGAGCUGACCAUAGGCACAUUCAAUCAUCGUACUUGGUCAGCUCUUGAACCAUCGAUCUCGCAACUGUCCACUCUGCGCAGUCUCACAAUAACGCACCUGCGGUUUGACCACGCGCAGUUAUUUUCUCUCAAUCACAUAUGUGCCCACCUGACAAAUGUCUCCAUCGUAAUGAUUCAAAUGAGCGGAAUCCUCCGCUUGCUCCGACUGUGUCCCAACCUCUCCUCGUUAAGGCUCUGCGGAGGAUUCGACGGCAUACAGCCCUUAGAGCCAUUCACGCACACCAAAAUUCAAUCCUUACACAUCGGUGGUGCGUUUGUGCCCAUAGACGAUUUACAUAACCUGUUCAAUGCUCUAUCACUCCCCAAUUUGCACGUGCUUCGGGUUGGGGGUGGCCAUGGAACAUGGCCUCAUGAGGCGGUGAAGGCAUUUUUGGCACGGUCAAAUUGUCGCCUGGAGAGCCUGAUCUUCGGUUUCGGGGACAUGCCGACAGCUAAACAGCGAGCGGAAUAUGUUGCCCUUGUCCCUUCCCUUGAAAUACGUAGUAGUUGAUCCCAAGCGUCUUAAUUUCUGUGACUUGGUGGUUAAGAUAUGUGUCUUCGCUAACUAUCUGCGACUAUAGAUAUCCAAGCAGUCAAAGUUUCUGUUUAUGUCCCAUCGGUGUAGACAUAGCGAAACAGACUCCAUCUUAUCUCCAGUAAUUUUCUCCGUUUAGUUGGACACGCCCAGCGUGACACUUUGCUACUUUACACUAUGCAAGCAGCAACCCUUCCACCAUCUGCUCAACAGCGGCAAUCUAGCACAGUCCGUCUACCGCAACGGUAAAUCAUGGACACGCGUGAAAGAGUCAGCUUGUAUGAUAACUACGCG